CUGAAUAUUUUAUUGGAUCAUCAAGGACACGUUAAAAUCUGUGACUUCAGCCUGGUAAAGCAGAGCAUCUUUGAUGGCGACCUAACAACUGGCUGGGCCGGAAUCAUAGAAUACAUGGCGCCAGAGAUUCUAAAGAGAAAAGCAUACAAUGCAACAGUAGACUGGUGGUUAUUUGGCGUCACCAUCUGUGAAAUGGCCACUGGUAUGUCACCCUUCAACAACAGUGACACCAAGGAGCUUAUUAAUUCCAUCAAAUUCUGUGAUCCAGAGCUACCUGAUUGGCUGGAUGAAGAUCUAAAACAUCUUCUGGGACAGCCUGUGCCCAGGUGAUGAUGUCAUCAGGUGGCACCUUCCACUAAGCAAGAGACCUCAACCGUUAUGACAGUUGGUGUGACAGCGUCAGAGAGAGAAGAAGCAGAAGAGAGAGAGCUCCAGUGGAUUUCAAGAGAAUAUGAAGAGAAUACAUUCUAAUUCCAUCGAUUCGGAUCCCCCACCUUCAAAGGAGAAGAAGAGAAGAGAAGACCAUGAAGAAGAGCAAGAAGAAAGCCAGAAAGAGAAGAUAGAGAGCAGUUUGGAGGAACAGCUAUCAGAGAAGGGCUGCAGGGAGGAGAGCAUACCCUCUGGUUUCAAAGAUUCUGACCCCCAGCCCUCAAAGGUGAAGAAAAGAAAAGAAGACCAUGAAGAAGAGGGAGAAGAAAACCAGAAGGAGAGGAGAGAGAGCAGUUUGGAGAAACAGCUGCCAGAGAAGGGCUGCAGGGAGGAGAGCAUACCCUCUGGUUUCAAAGAUUCAGACCCCCAGCCCUCAAAGGUGAAGAAAAGAAGAAAAGAACAUGAAGAAGAGGGAGAAGAAAACCAGAAGGAGAAGAGAGAGAGCAGCUUGGAGAAACAGCUGCCAGGUAAGGGCUGCAGGCAGGAGAGCAUACUUUCUGGUCUCAAAGAUUCAGAUCCGCAGUCCUCAAAGGUGAAGAAAAGUGAAGACCACGAAGAAGAGGAAGGAAAAAAACAGAAGAAGAAGAGAGAGAGGAGUGUAGAUGACCAUCUGCAAGUUGAGUGCUACAGGGAGAAGAAACCGAGAAGGCAGGAGAUUGAUGAAGGUAAAGAAAAAUCACUUAAAAAUGCCUAAAUAGCAAAAAUGAGUAGGUCACAUGAUUGCCAACUGCCUCUAAUUUACUGGUGCAAUCACUGUUUAGGACCCAGAUACUGACAUAAGUGUAACAUGAAAUCA